AUGACAUCAUAUCCGUCGUUGACAUGGAGCUGGACGGCUUGGGCGGCAGCGCUGGCGCUGGCGUGGGUUGCGGUGGAGGCGGCCUUCUAUAUCCUCUACUGGCGGCCCCGCCGGGCCGCUUGGAACGCGCAGCCGCGCGGCGCGCCGCAUGCGCCGGCGCGGCUCGACGCGUUCAACCUUUUUGAGCGGUUCGUCAAAGCCGGGGAAGCCGGCCCGGGGUACGCCAACCUUGAUGCCUACCUGACGCUGUGGUUUCAAGGCCUUCCUGUUGACCAGAUUAGGCGCGGCAACAUGGAGGAAUUAAUGGCAUAUGGCUUCUGGUACCGCACACCCGCCGAGAUGGAAGCUGCCGGCCUGGGCCACGUGCCCUCUGAGAUGGUCGAUGCUCUUGAGCGCUCCUGGAAUCACAAGUUCCCAUCAGGCUACACACAGGGCGCGAGGUUCAUGUCGCACCUGUGGGACGACCUGAAGGCACACUACCGCCCCUUUGCCUUCUACAUCUUCAUGGAGGCGGCGGCGCUCGCCACCUGGGCAGCCAUGGCCGCCAUGGGGUUCAAGCGGCGGCGCGUCGGGGAGAUUGUGUACUACACCCGAGGCCUCGACGGGCGUCCAAACGCGGGGAGCAACAGCAGCAGCAGCCGCUCUCGCAGCAGCAGCAGCGGCGACGGCAGCAGCAGCGACGCGAGCGAUUGCAGCAGCGCCAGCAGCAGCGCCUGCGGCAGCGACAGCAGCAGGCAGCGGCCCGCUGCCGCAGCCCCGGUGCUGUUUCUCCACGGCGUGGGAGGGCUAGUGAUCUACACUGACCUCAUCCAUGCCCUGACCAUCCUGGGAGGCCCCGUGAUUGCGGUGGACAUCCGCCACGUGGGCAUGAGGCUGAGGUGA